AUGGAUGAAACCGGGAUGUCGACGGUCCCUAACAGAAUGCCCAAGGUUUUUGCCCCCAGGGGCAGGAAAACAGUUUUAAAAGUGGUUGCAGCAGAUCGAGGACAGUUAGUAACAGCUGUGUGUUGUAUGGGAGCUUCAGGAGUUUGGGUACCCCCCGCUCUUAUCUUCCUAUGCAAACGUAUGAACGAUGAACUUUUUUAUGGAUGUCCACCUGGAACUUUACAAUUAGUGACAGAAACUGGUUAUAUGAAUUCGGAGCUUUUUAUAAGGUGGCUUAGACAUUUUCAAGACUACGUAAAAUCAUCAGAGGAUGAUCCUGUUGUUUUGAUUCUUGACAACCACACAUCACAUUUUACCCUUGAAGCAGUUAAUUUUUGUCGGAAUAACUGUAUAGUUCUUCUAUCGUUGCCGCCCCAUGGGAGCCACAAAAUGCAGCCCCUCGAUAAAUGCUUUUUUGGUCCAUUGAAAACUGCAUUCUCGAAUGAAAGCGACAAAUGGAUGAUUCAAAACCCUGGUAGACCAGUGACUCUGAAACAAAUGUCUAGACUAUUUCGUGCAGCUUAUUCCAAGGUUGCAACAAUUCAGAUUUGUGAAAAGGCAUUUAGUGCUAUAGGAUUGUAUCCUUAUACCGCAGAUGUGUUUACAGAGGAGGAUUUUGCACAUUCAGAGGUAACUGAUCGAGCCUUACACAUUGAACCAACAAACGAUAGGCGACAUGAAAAUGAAGAUAAUGUUCAAGUGUUAAACAACCACGAGUCCGACGAUGAUGACAAUUUUCCUAUUUCAGUUUUGAUAGAUAGAAUACGUAAAGAGCCUGUUACUCCGACAGAAAUAGACGAUGCUAGUCUCAAAACAUCAACCAAUAAAACUGAUAGCAGUUGUUUAAAUAACCCGAUGCAUAAUUCAGAAUCUAUUCUAGGCAGCGAAUCAAAAAUGUAA